UCACAUUAUUUCAACAUUCCUAGAUUUUCACCAAAUUUCUCUAACUUUCCCACCAACUUUUUAGUUCAUCCUAACGACAUCCUAUUUCUUUUCAUUUUUUAUGGGAAAAAUGAAAAAAAGAAUCUUUUGUUUUAAGAAUGGAGACUAUUAUAAAGAAUAUCUAACAUACAAAGAAUUUCAAGUCACUCCUCAAUACUACACAACAAGGAAUUUCCUAUUCGAGCCCAUUUUUAGUUUACAAAGCCAAAUUCAAAAUAAUAUUUUUUUUAGGGUUAUUCAAUUUAUAUCCGACUCAUUACACAGGUUUAUAAAAAACGAAAAAAUGGGAUCAUUAUCAAGAAUAGAUACACCGUUGAAGUAUCCAAAAGCACGACGUGAUGAAUGUGUCGUAGAUAAUUAUCAUGGUUGUCUUGUUUCUGAUUCUUAUAGAUGGUUGGAAGAUCCAGAUUCAGAAGAGACUAAAGAAUUUGUAAAAAAUCAAGUGGAAGUUACAGAAUCUUUGCUGAAAACUUGUAAAACUAGGGACAAGCUAAACCAAAGAUUGAAAGAUGUUUUUCAGUUUGAAAGGUUCCAAGUGCCUUUUAAACGUGGGGAUAAAUACUUUUACUUGCAUAACAAAGGCCUUCAACCACUAGACGUCCUCUAUGUUCAGGAUAGUUUGAAUGACGAACCAAGAGUGUUGCUGGAUCCAAAUGAGCUAGGUGAGGAUAGUAAUGUGUCACUCCACCUUUGUGCAGUCAGCAAUGAUGCUCAGUACUUGGCUUAUGGUCUUAGCACUAGUGGAAGUGAUUGGAUUACCAUCAAAGUUAUGUAUGUUGCAGACAAAACUUCCCUGCCUGACACUUUAAAAUGGGUUAAGUUUAGUAACGUUGCUUGGACUCAUGAUAAUAAAGGUUUUUUCUACAGCCGCUACCCUGCCCCAAAAGGAGAUGUACAAGAUUGUGGCACUGAAACAAAUAUAAAUCUAAAUCAUGAACUGUAUUACCAUUUACUUGGUGCUGAUCAAUCUCAAGAUAUUUUGUGCUGGAAUGAUGUUGAACAUCCUAGAUACAGAUUUUACCCUCGUGUAACUGAUGAUGGAAAUUAUCUUCUCCUACAAAUUGAGGAACACUGUGCAGACGUGAACAAGCUCUACUACCUAAAUCUUUCAUCCAUAACAAAUGAUCAUCUUAAAAACACCCACAAAACAAACCACUUACUUCCCUUUACAAAACUCAUAGAUAACUUUGAUGCAAUGUAUUACUACAUAGCCAAUAAUGACACCACAUUCACCUUCCAAACAAACAAAAAUGCUCCGAGAUCUAAGCUAGUACGCGUUGAUCUGAAUAAACCGAACAUUUGGACUGACGUUUUGCCAGAACACGAAAAAGACGUGCUCGUAACAGCUGAACUUGCUAACCGUAACAAACUUAUAGUUUGCUACUUGAGAGACGUAAAACAUGUAAUCGAGAUUAGAGACUAUGAAACCGGGCAGUUCCUGUAUCGUCUGCCUAUUGAUAUUGGCACGGUCAGAAUCAGUGCAAAGAGAUUUGACAGUAUCGUGUUCGUUUCGUUUACUAGCUUUCUUACCUUCAAUAUAACAUACCAAAUUGAUUUGUCUUUGGAAAAUCCUGAUAUGAAGAUAUUCAGAGAGAUUCGUGUUCCUGGAUUUGAUCGCACUGAGUUUAAGACUGAUCAGGUAUUUGUUCCAAGUAAGAAUGGCACACAGAUACCAAUGUUCAUAGUAUCAAGAAAAGAUGUAGUUUUAGACAAAUCUAAUCCAUGUUUACUCUAUGCUUAUGGUGGAUUUAACACUAGCCUUACACCAUGUUUUAGUAUCAUUCGUACGAUUCUUAUGAAACAUUUGGGCGCGAUCUUCUGCCUGGCCAAUAUUCGUGGUGGCGGAGAGUAUGGUGAGGAGUGGCAUAAAGCCGGAAUCUUAGAGAAAAAACAGAAUUGUUUCGAUGAUUUCAUUGCCGCUGCCGAGUUUCUAGUCUCAAAUGGUUAUACACAUCCUUCAAAGUUGUGCAUAGAAGGUAGAAGUAAUGGUGGCCUUCUCAUAGGUGCCUGUAUAAAUCAGAGACCAGAUCUUUUUGGCUGUGCUCUAGCUCAUGUUGGUGUAAUGGACAUGCUUCGAUUUCACAAAUUUACUAUAGGUCAUGCUUGGACUGCGGAUUUUGGUUGUGCAGACAAAGAGGAAGAUUUUCAAUGGCUAAUUAAGUUUUCACCUCUACAUAAUGUUAGAAGGCCAUGGGAAAACUCAGCAGGCCGGUAUAUACAAUAUCCGGCAACCAUGCUACUGACAGCCGAUCAUGAUGACCGCGUUGUGCCAUUGCAUUCGCUUAAGCUAUUAGCCACUAUGCAAUAUACACUUUGCACAAGCUUGAUACGGAGUCCUCAGAUUAAUCCAAUAAUAGGAAGGAUUGAAUGCAAAGCUGGUCAUUGUUGUGGACGUCCAAUACAAAAAGAGAUUGAUGAAGCUGCCGAUAGAUACAGUUUCAUGGCUAAGAUGUUGGAUGUUGCAUGGAUGGACUAGUUUAGGAAAUAGUCUUCAAACAUCUUUAAUAAGUUGAUGAUUAUAUGUAAUUAUUAGCUUUACAAGUAAUUAAAACCUGCCACUAUAUCAAAAAUAGCUCAAUAAUAGGGCAUUUGUAUAGAAAGUUUACUUAAGUCUAUGUUGUUACUCUACGGCAACACUUACAUCUUAUUAUCGUAAAGCUAUUAAUAGCUCUCACCUCGGACGAAAUAUAGGAGCCGAAUCCAUGCAAUGUUAUCCAUGUUAAUGGUAAAAAUAACAGAGGUUAUUUUAGAUUUA